AUGUAUUUUAGACUUUAGCACAAGAAGGAAGAUUUUUAAAUGAAUUUCUAUAUUUUUUGUUAAGCUUCCUCACUAAGCGAUCUUCGUAGCGCUAGUUCUAUUCUUCAGCAUUUUAUAAACAUUCAUCAAAUGACUACUUAACUUAAUGCCAUUAUUUCCAAAAGUUUUCUUCAUCCUCUUUAUCUCCUAGCUUAGACAUAUCUUCAUAUUUUUAAUAAUAUUUUGUUUUCAUCAACUCAUUAGACUUAGCAUACUAUUCAUUCCAUUCAUUAUACUUUUUUUGUAGUCUUUCUUGCUGUACUUAUUAAAUUUACUAUUUUUGUAACUCAUUUUAGCUAUUUAACUCUUUUUGAUAAUUUAAAUUAUUUAAGUUUAGUUUCAAACCUCCUAGACUUUAAACUGGAACUAAGUUUUUAUAAGCUUUUUUAUUUUACACUGCCAUAGCAGAUGUUGAUGUAAGCAGCUUGCUAGAGGAGCUUAAAUUUCCUAAUGAUUCAUGACUUUUUGAAAGUAGAUUAGAUCUUGUUUAUCCAUCUAAAAAAUAGUGAUUAAGAUUAUGACCCCCAUGAAAUAUAUCUUGAUGCUAAGAAAUUGAGAGAGGCACAAAAUUUGUACUAAAAUUAUUGCUUGAAAUCGGGUUUAAAUUAGGCGAGUUAUGGCGUGAAUUCAUUACAAAUUAAGAUUUCACAGGCAUACCAAUAAAUUAGAUGCUUUUUCUAGAUUAUAAAGAAGCUUAAAAGCCUGAAGGAAGAUUAAUGUUUGCCGGAGUAAGGCUUCUUUUGUUUUUCUAUGGAGAAAAAUCAUCCCAUUAAGAAUUUUUAUGAGCAUUUUAUUCAAUUUCUUUUUUUAUAUCUUUAGAUACUUCUAUCCCUUUAUCAGUGA